AACUCACCCACUAAUACUAGAAGAAAGGAGGAAGGAAGAAGGAAGAAACCUAAACCUAACCAUUCCAAUCCAAAAUUUCAAAUCAGUGUUGAGAAUGGGCACCCACGCAGUUUCAUCUCCAUCACCAAUGAAGAAACCUCAACCAAUUCCCUGGACAAACCAAGAGACUCUCCACCUCAUCGAAGCCUAUCAAGAUAAAUGGUACUCUUUGGAGCGGAGCCCCCUCAAAGCCACCCACUGGGAAGAAGUCGCUAUAACCGUCGCGUUACGUUGCGGCUACGACCACUCUAACCCAUCAGCAAAAUCCGGUACCCAGUGCCGUCACAAGAUCGAAAAGCUCCGUAAACGCUACCGUUCCGAAAAACAACGCGCCCCAAUCUCUUCUUCUUGGAAUUUCUUUCCCCUCAUGGAUUGCUUGCUAAAUGGUCCUUUGCCUAUCUCUGCACUGCCGCCCGUAGAAAUCGAAGAAGAAGAGGAUGAUAGUUUUUUUAUUAAGUCAGAGAGUAUUGAUGGUAUAGAUGGGAGGUGGAAUGAUGAGGUGUUUGGCGUGAGAUUGGCUGAGGAAAUAAGGGGAUUUGCUGGGAGGAUUGAGAGGAUGGAGAAGAGGAAGAUUAAAGUUAUGAGGGAAUUUGAGAGGAGGAGAGUGGAGAUGGAGAAUAAGCGAAUUCAGAUGAUCGUUGAUUCACAGAGGAAGAUUGUAGAUAUUAUUGAGAAUACUUUUGGAGAUAACAAGAAGCCUAAGAUUGACCGCCCCUUGACCUGAAUUUACGUCUCUUCUCUUUUCUAUGAAUUUAUUUAGGUUUUAUUUUGUUAAUAUUGGCUUGGAUUAGAGGGAGGGAGGCAGACUGACAUUGUUCUAAUGAAACUUAAAGCAAUAUUAAAUUGUGAAUGAUAAGAACAUGA